GGUGUACAUCUCUAAGUACAGUACAUACCCAAGUCACCCUGAAGACUCAUCCUGUUCGUGUUUAUUUGCUGCCUUACUGCGAAGUGCGACUUCCUUGUAAUUGGUGAGACAGAGAAGGACAGAAACAUGGAGUUUCAGACCGGUUUAAUCGUUUUGUUCUGCUUAAUGGGGCUCACCUGGGCACAGCCGGUGAAAUACGUCGACUGCGGCUCCACCUCAGGGAAAGUGAUUGGUGUGGACGUCAGUCGUUGUUCUUCUGAGCCAUGCCAGCUUCACAAAGGAGAGUCCUACAGUGUCAAAGUCACAUUCAUCAGUGAUGUGAAUAGUAAGGAGAGCACAGCUGUGGUUCACGGUGUUGUUGGAGGUAUCCCGCUCCCUUUCUCCAUCCCCGUGACAGAUGGAUGCGAGUCUGGAAUCCAGUGUCCAAUCGUAAAGGGUCAGACCUACACCUAUGAAGCUUCAUUGCCAGUAAAGUCUCUGUAUCCUUCGAUAAACUGUGUUGCGGAGUGGGAACUGAGAGACGACGACAACGAAGACCUGUUCUGCGUCAAAUUCCCAGUUCAGAUUGUGAACUGAGCCAGCGCAACAAAAGAACCUCAGACGAGCUUCUCCUAAAAAUGGAUUUAACUUACAGUAAAAA